UUCUGACCCCCACAACCAACACCACCACCAACACACCACCCUCACUUUGUCUUAUCGGACCAGCAGCACUUCAGAGCAACGCCUGCUCUUAACUGUAGCUCUUUCACCUCUCUUGCUCACCUGGAGGCUCGGAGAUCAUCCACAUCCGUACUACAGCCAGUUUAGUACUAAAACUGAAGGAAUUUUGGUCAUGGAGGCGACUAUAGAGCCUCGCUGGACAUCCUCGACGCUGAUGCCAAGCGAGGUGCUGCCCACUUACCCGUCUGACUCCAACUUUGUGUCUCACCCUGAGGACGACGCGAAUUUCUCCAGCAUAGAGGCCGAAUGCGGCGGUCUGCCUUCGCUCUUCUCCAACACCGUCCAGAGCCGCAGCACGCCGACAUACCGCCACAGCCCAGUGAGACAGGUUUACUCCUCUCCUUUUCUAAGUGGCCUGUCGUGGCUGGAGGGCUCCGGUGCUCACUCUCUCUCUAGCCCGUACCCAUCACCCCCAUCAUCCUGGCAUGGUGGUACAUUCAGCAGGACCCCGGUGCUCCCCCACAGCUCCACCACCUCCUCUCCUUUCCAUACGUCUAUCCCUCUGUCCUCCAUCAGAGCCCCUCGCUCUGAGCUCCAUCCCCCAGGCCUAGACUGCAAGGACAGCGUGAAAGGCGAGAGGGUCAGUCCUACAGCGGGCGCUGAAGGUUUGGGGGGAGUUUAUACUAUUAACCAUGUGGCCGGCGGCAACGUAUAUCCGUACGAUCACGGACCGCCACAGCCACACACACACACUCACACACACUCUCUAGGACACUACAGCUCCUAUAGCAGCCCAGCUCAGGACUUUGGCCUCUACUCACCUUCCUCAUUCUCCCCGAAACUACGAGGCAAGAUGACUCUCUCUCCCACAGAAACACGGGAGUGUGUGAACUGUGGUGCUACCGCCACCCCCCUGUGGAGGCGUGAUGGUACGGGCCACUACCUCUGCAACGCCUGCGGACUUUACCACAAGAUGAACGGGCAAAACAGACCUCUGAUCCGGCCUAGGAAGAGACUGGUCGUGAGUAAAAGAGCCGGGACUCAGUGUGCCAACUGCCAGACGAGUACCACCACACUGUGGAGACGUAACGCCAGCGGAGAACCCGUCUGCAAUGCCUGUGGGCUUUACUUUAAACUACACAAUGUGAACAGACCCCUCACUAUGAAGAAGGACGGAAUUCAGACACGCAACCGAAAGGUGUCGAGUAAGAGCAAGAAGGGGAGAAGGAGUGCUGCUAUGGAUUCGCUCGAUUCCUACUCAGAGCCUAUGAGGGUCCCCGGGUCUGAGCAGCCUAUUGACACCUUUUCACUGGGACCCUACAGCCAUAACAUCCACUCCGCGGGCACCUCCUCUACACUCCACACCCCGUCUCACCUUUCCUACCCGUACCACCCUGCUGCUGCUGCCAUCUUUUCCGGCAUGGUGUGACACAACGAAAGACGGACGCUGAUGGUGUACACACUUGCACAAUGUGAAUUGUUUUUUUUUUCUUUCUUAAUAUCAUGUAUCAUGUUUCAUAUUCAUUUCAUUCCUUAAGUGUGUCAAUAAUGAGUGUCUACUUUAUUAAUAUUUGAUGUAAAGUCUUUCUUUACUACACAUUUAGCCCUUGGCUGGGAGGCUUAGGGAUUGCCGUUGACUGGCUGACCCGUGUGGUGGUGUGAAUAAAUUGUACAAACGAA